UAUUUACAAUAUUGACAAAUACUAAGUUUGUUAACGAUUUGUAUACUAUCGCAUCAGCACUUUGGAUUUUGCCUGCAAUUGUCCCAUUGAUUUUAUUAUGUGCAUCUUGCCACAUGACGGUGAAUGAGGCUAAACAAACAGGACCAUUAGUGCACAAAAUCAAAUCAGAAGCAACUGACGAUAGAUAUAAAGACUUUGUGGAUUUAUUUUCUCUCCAGUUAAUGCAUCAGACCGUAAAAUUUUCACCGUGUGGAUUUUUCGAUGUCGAUUUUACUUUAUUGUUUGCGAUGACAGGAGCAAUUACUACUUAUUUGGUGAUAUUGAUUCAAUUUCAUCUUAGCGCCUAUGAAACACCUGAUGAUCCAAUUACCACGACGCAGAUUACUGACCUUGCUUUAAUAUCAACCACAACCCAAUACAGUAUGCCGGCGACGUAA